UCAUUUUCUUUUCUUAUUCUCUUUCUUUUUCUUCUUCAUCUCCUCUGCUUUUGGGUAUUCUUUCCUCUUCUUUCUCAUUUCCUUUCUCUAUUCCUUUUACUCUUUCUCUUUUUUUCUUUCUCUUCUCCUCUCUUUCUUCUCUUCUUUCUCUACCCUUCUUAAUAUUCUUUUGAUUUUUCUUACUUCUUUUAUUCUUCCCCUCUCUUUCAUGUUUUUUUUUUUCCUUUAAUUUUUUUGUUUUUUCUAAUCUUUUCUAUUCCACUCUCCUUUUUUUGUUUUUGAUUCAUAAUAUGUUUUAUAAAGAUUUUCAUUUUGUUAUAAAAGGGGAAGACUUAUGCUUCUAUUCCAUCAUUAUCUGUUCGGAGCUAAAUUAACAAGGCUUUACAUAUUUUGGUAAGUUUUUCCCUAUUGCAUUAUUUUACAUCAUGAUUCAACAUUUCUACAAAAAGAACUAUACUUGUUAAUCAUAAGCUCUAGCAUAGGCUCAAAAGCAAUUUUGAGAUUUCAAAAACUUUGAUUAUUAUUGGAGUAGUGGCAUCAAAGCUGUGAUGUUGUUACCACAAAACAGCAAAAUGGUGCAGCAAAAAGCUACAUUUAUGGGGCAAAAUGUGUAGCAAUAAAGCUGCUUUCAAUGGAGGAAAGAAAAUGCAGCAAAUUGAUGCAUUAUGGAAGGAAAUGAAAUGCAAAUGCAAAUGGAGGCUACAAAUUAAUCAACAAAAUUGCAACAUUAAUGUGAUAGUUUUCAAUGUACUUUUUUAUGUUAGUUUAUGCAUUGCAAUCCUUGAUUUAAAUGUUAGGAUAGAUUUUGUAGAAAAUAUAUAACCAUAGGGAAGGUAAAAGAGAUGUUGGAGAUUAGAUUGGAUCAACAAUUGCUGUAUAAAGUUGCACGAGGCAAUAUUAACCGUGAACACUUGGAAAAAGAAUUGGAAAAUGUCCAAGACCCAAUUGGACGUCCAUUACUGGACAUUGUUGAUCAAUUGAGCCCCGGUGGGAACUCACUCCUUCAUGCAGCUGCACGCUCUGGUAGAAAAGACAUAACUGAAUAUCUGGCUGAAAAGUUUCCCCACCUAAUUUUUCGGACAAAUUAUGCUGGUGAUACCGUACUUCAUUCUGCUGCUAAAGCUGGAAAGGUAGAGACGAUUGAAGUUCUUCUCCAAUUUUAUACUAAUCCCACAUCAAGCUUGACAGACGGUGUUCCCCUGUUGAGGAUGAAGAACCUAGAAGGAAACACCGCUCUGCACGAGGUUGUGAUCCAGUACAACUUUGCUGCCAACUAUGACAAAAGGGAGAGUUACUGUGCUGUCAUAGCAAGGAUGGUUUCUAUAGACCCUCAACUAGCCUAUAUUGCUAACAAAGAGGGAAAAUCUCCCUUAUACUUGGUUGUUGAAACCACCGAUUUGAAGAUUGUUCAGUGUCUCUUGGAAUAUCCUCUGCCUGUAGCUGCGGAUUGCCAACAACUACCCGAAGGAAAGUCUCCCGUGCAUGCUGCCAUUAAGUUGAAGUUAAAAAAUAAUGAUAUGUUGAGUGAAAUGCUACAUAGAAGGCCAAAGUUAAUAGACUCAACAAAUGGGAACGGGCGAAAAGCGCUGCAUUGUGCGGCAUCCAUAGGUAACAUCGAAGCAAUAAAGUUCCUGUUACAAAAUUAUCCUCAAACAAUUAACGAAAGGGACAAUGACGGUCACUAUGCUCUUCACGUUGCCUGUGAAAGCGGUUAUGUCAAAGCAUUUAACAAAUUAUUCAACCAGUGGCCAGAUACAUCAGAAUACCUUAACAACAAAUGCCAAAAUGUUCUGCACAUUGCGGCCAAGAACGGUAGAGACUAUAUGGUGAGGCACAUAGUUGAAGAUAAAAAAAAUGGGCCUCAACUUGUAAAUGCCAAAGACAUUGAGGGAAAUACACCCUUGCACUUGGCAGCCAUGCAUGGUCAUUCUUUAGUUGUGGGUACUCUGCUAUUGACUGGGAAAUGUGACUCCCAAAUUUUGAAUCAAGAAGGCUUCACAGCCUAUGAAGUCGCUAAGCAGCGAGCUGGAGACCCAAUGGACUCUGAAACACAAAUGGGGCAACAAAAUAUGCAGAGCAAUGAGCAGGGCAAUGUGCAAACCAAAGGGCAAACAAAUGUGCAGCGUGAAGAUGUCUCUUCAAAGAAUACAAAACGACCAGAUUCAACUGACUCGAUGAUGGCAUUGUCUAUACUGUUUUUAUUUCAACUAUUCAAAAUCUUAUGUGGUCAUCAUCAGCAACAUCGGAUGAGAAGGUUGCGUCAUGAAAUCAAAAUAAAGAGAGCAAAUAAGGAGGAUAUCAAGGACAGAAUCAAUGCUCUCAUUGUGGUUGCAACACUUAUUGCUGGUAUAGCCUUUCAAGCUGCUGUUCAAAUGCCUGAACAUGGCGAUGAUAAGGGUAAAAGCUCUAAAACCAAUAAUGAACUCUUAACUCCAGCCCCAGCCCCAGCCCCAGCCCCAGCCCCAGCCCUAGCCCUAACCACAUUCCCUCCACCCACUAGGCUUAAAGAUUUCAUUGCUGAUCAAUUAGACUUAUUAUACUCACAAAUAUUCACCUUCUUCGUCUCUCUAUCUAUGAACCUAUCCAUUCUCGCUGCCAUCACCUUAUGUUGGGUCCAACUUCUUGAUGUCAAUUUUUCUGCUUUCUUCAUCUGGCAAGCAUCAGUUUUGGUAGGGAUAUCCCUGUACUCCAUUUGCAUUGCUUUCGGGUUCACUAUGUUGAUAAGAAUUAAGGAAUAUGGUCUUAAUUACACCACUGUCAUGAUUAUCUUGGAAUCCUUGUUUAUUCCUGUGCUGACAAUGUUCACAAGUCCGUUAUUCAUCCCUUUUGGACUCAAGUAUCUGUUUGUCCGAGGUCUCUAUAUCGCUUUCUUCAUUGGUUACUUCAUUGUUCACAGACUCUUUGAUUGUUGUCUCUACCGAUUACAGAAAGCCUAGCAUAGUACUCCAUAUCACUUCCACAAGUUAUAUAUGAAAAAUAUAUGUUGUCAAUAAAUAAUGAUUUUUUUGGCCAAACUACAUGUGAGAAUGCUGCAUUGUUGAUAUGGCGGGAACACUUAUUCCUCUUGAAAGAGAUGAAGUAGAAGCUCCACUGCACGGAUAUACUUCGUUGUGGUGGAAAAGUAGAUGCCUCACUUUCUAGAGGUUUGAUUUUGUGGUUUUAGAGUUCUUAUAAGAUAUUCUUGUGAUUUUUCUUUCUAUAACAUUGGUGUUCAAACCUUGGUUCCAUCAAUCUCAUAGGAUGUAGUUGUGCUUGGUGUAUUGCUCUAUGAUGAGGUUUUGAGUUGGUCUUAGUUUGGUUUUCAAAGUAGACGGUGAUGUUGUUCCAUGAAAUUUUCUUAUAUUUGUGAGUAGCAUUCUCAUUGAUGUGGCUAGAUUUUUGGGGCCACUCUUUUCAUUUCUUUGGCAAAAACCUAAACUCUCAAUGCAUCAAUGUAUGGGAUUACUCAACUAAAAAUGCAAAGAGCACUUAGGGCUGUUUGGUGCAGUUUGUUGGAGUUUUUGCUUUUUUUGUACUGUUCAUGAGUGAUAAAUUUAAAUUUUUAUU